AUGGCCAGCCAGUUCACCUCCUACAUGUCCGCCCGGUCCAGCUGGCACUCCAAGCACAGGAGCGAGCUCGGGAAGUACGUCUCCGCCUGCGCGGAUGACCUCAUCAAGAUCGGCGAGGAUUCUAACGUCGACCUCUCCGGUAUUACCUCGACUUGUGACGAGUACCUGUGGGCGACGUCGACUGCUCGCCCUACCUCGAGCAACAGCAACAACAGCGGCGACAAGGACAGUGAUAAGGGUACUGCUGCCCAAGUCUCGAUCUCGAUCUCUAUCAUCGGUGCGGCUCUGGCUGCUGGUAUUAUUGCCGUUGGUCUACUAUAA